AGUGCUUCUAGGUUUUCCAUGGUGGUCUAGCUUCAAUUGACUCAUGAACUCAACCGUUAAACUACUAUAAUAUCCACAAUACCCCAUCUCUGAUUUUAAACCGGUUUUAGUUUCCUUUAGGGGAUUAACCAAAAUCAACGUUGAAAUUCUGUCAUUGAAGUUCUUCGAAAUAAAUGUUUUUGGAUACUAAUAAGCUAUAUAUGUUCAAAAUGAUUGAUUUUCACCAAACGGUUCUUUUAAAAUAAUAUUGACUCUAAAACUAUUUUCGUCCUAAUGCCGAACUGAAUGGGUGCAGAACACAGUGUUAGUCAGCAGAAGUCACAUAAUUUCACAAGAGAUUCUCAGCUAAAUUCUUUCCAGUCAACAAAAAGAUCUGGUCAUUCUUCAUCUCUACCUUCUUCGCCUCAAUAUGAUUGGCGUCGUUCAUCAUUAUCGGGACUUGCUAGUACCUCGUAUUUGAACAACACUAACAAUAGUCGCAAUUAUGGUAGCUUUCAAAGUCCUUCUAAGCAAAAACACCAACAACGAAAUUCUGUAUCUAGUCUACCAAAAGAUACUUUUACUUCAUCAACUGAGCUGGGUUUAGAUAUAUGUCAAAGAUCUUCUUCGACUAAAUCGUUAAAUUACUCAUUCGACAAGUUAUCCUCAACGACUAAUCGUAAACAAGCUGAUGCCGGUAUACUAAUUGUCAAUCGUGGUCGUCAUACUUCAAGUCAUUAUGAUUUAAGUGGCAGUAGAGAUGGUUGCAACAAUCAUACAGAAUUAGGUCGAGUUAUAUUACAAAAACUUCAAUGGAUUUCUAGAUUUGAACCAAUUUCGUCUACUAUGAAAGUACAAUAUCAUUCAUCAAUGGCAGCAACAAUGGAGAAUCAACCCUAUGCAUCAACCUCUCAAUCGAUUCCAUCAUUAUCGUCGUCAACGUCAACAGCAUUUAAAAAGAGACAAUUUAUUCCACAUGUUCCAGAGUUCGAUUAUGAAGCGUUGGUGAAAAUGUCAUCAGUCUAUGAGCAAUAUUUGCAUAAAUAUACUACUGAGUUGUCACAAAAACAAUCUGAUCUGAUCAUUAUAGAAAAUAAAAUUGAUCGAGAUAUUUCACAACUUGUUGAAACAUUUCAAGCACGUGAAAAAGGCAUCAAAAAUAAUCAACAUUCCAUUAAUUCAAUAUUUCAAAGUCCUUUCAAUAGUCCAAAGAAAGUUAAUACAAUUACAAAUUCAAUAAAUGAUUCGACGAAAUUAUCCGGAUCUCAACAAAUUGAGAAUAUUGUUUUAUUAACUAGUCAAAUUUCAUGUUUAUUAACACAAUGUGAUGAAUUAAGUAAACAAUUAAUGAAUUCAAUAAAUAAUUUAAAUGAAUUAUUACCUGAAUAA